UACUAAGAGAAAUUGGUAUUGAAUAAAAAGUUGACAGUUGAGAAAUGCACAAAAGAAAGUCAGUACAAAUGUCCAGGUCUGAUUAUUGUGGGUCUGUCAUUUGUUGAACAGGCUGUCAUGGCAUCAAACAGUCUGUUUAGCAGCACCAGCCCAAUGUUGUACUGGGACCCUGUGGUGAAGCAUCGGCCUUCACCGUCGCCCAGCAUUCGCCAACUGAGCGAUCAUGAGGUGAGAUCAGUCCACCCCUGCAGCCCAAAUCCACCUCGAGGUCUGGUCCAGACUGAUAGUCCAAACUUCCUCUGUAGCAGCCUACCACAGCACUGGAGGUGUAACAAGACCCUACCAAGAGCUUUCACGGUGGUUGCCCUUGGUAACGAUGUACCAGAUGGGGUAGUUGUCACACUGAUGGCUGGCAAUGACGACAACUGCAGCGCUGAGCUACGCAACGCAACAGCAACCAUGAAGCAAGGCUAUGCCCACUUCAAUGACCUCCGCUUCGUAGGCCGCAGUGGGAGAGGCAAGAGCUUCACCCUGUCAAUCAACAUUCUGACCACACCUCCUCAGAUCGCCACCCUGCAAAGAGCCAUCAAGGUUACUGUGGAUGGGCCGCGACUACCAAGACGACAGAGGCAGAGGGAGGUGAAGUCGGGCGUGUUCAGGUCGUCCAGGAGCAUCAGCAGCAACGCAACAUCAUCAGACUGUAGACCCCUCUCUUCUUCUCUGUGGACCAAUGAGCCAUCUCUGCUUGGUCACAUGUCCUCACUGAGUUCAUCGUUCACUCCAAGUCCCAGACUGCACCAUGUUCCUGCCCUGCCCUAUUCCACCCCUGCUACGACAUACAACUCCUACCUGUCUCCUCCACCUCCUCCACUGAACCACAGUGUUUCGCUCCCACCCAGUGGUUUCUAUUAUGGACCAAACCAACAGCUGCAAAAUACUGGGGAGGACCGCAAUGUUGUCUCUGCUAUGGCCAAUUAUAUAGAAGGGGCGUGUCUUUCAGUCAGAGGGGAGGAACCUGUCUGGAGGCCCUACUAA